AAAAUUUCCAAAACCAUCAAACUUUUUAUUCAUUCCAAAUCGUCUGCUUCCUCUCAAUCACUUUCUCCUUUGUCUCUUCCCUCUUCAUCAUCUCCCAUCUUCCCUAGUCUUGUGCUUUCCUCACUCUCUCUAAUGUUCUUCAACUGAAAUGCAGAGAGAUGAAGGUUUGUGAAAACCACUAGUAUUAGUCAAUUCCUCUGCUUUUUCUUCAACACACAUUGAUUCUUUUUCUUUUUUAGCUUCAUAAUCCAUCUGGGCUGCAAUGAAUAUGUCGUUUCUUCAAGAAUAAUGCAUUUCUCCGUUCAUAACCAAGGACUUUUUUGGUUCUGUCUCAAAACACGUAAAGAUAUGAGUGUACUUUUUUUUAUGUAAUUUCUUUUUGCAGGGGAUGAUGACUGAUAAGGACAACUGCUUGAUGUCUUCAUGAUGCCUCGGAAGCUGUAAAAAGAACUGAGUUUUUGGAAGAAAAGGAAUCCCUUUUUCCAGGUUUUAGCAAUGCCAGUCCCUUUAGCUCCAUAUCCAACCCCUCCGGUACCGUUUACACCACCACCGCCUGCUGGAAACGGUGCACAAAGCCAGCUUGUUUGUUCCGGUUGUCGAAACCUUUUACUGUAUCCAGUAGGAGCUUCUUCUGUUUGCUGUGCGGUAUGCAAUGCAGUCACAGCUGUGCCACCUCCUGGUACAGAAAUGGCUCAGCUGGUUUGUGGGGGUUGCCAUACUUUACUAAUGUACAUACGAGGCGCGACGAGCGUGCAAUGUUCUUGUUGUCACACCGUUAAUUUAGCGAUGGAAGCAAAUCAAGUAGCACAUGUGAAUUGUGGGAACUGCCGGAUGCUGUUAAUGUAUCAAUACGGAGCUCGAUCUGUAAAAUGUGCCGUCUGCAAUUUCGUGACUUCAAUUGGGGUCAGUUACAUAUCUCAGUUCAUCAGUUUUCCUAUACUCUGGAAAAAAAAAAUAGUCUACUUUGUUGAAACUGCACACGAAAAAGUAAACUAUUUUUGUGGGACGGAUGCAGAUGAAUCAUUUCGGUGUUUAUUUUUGUGGUACUUUCAAUUUAGAGUAUGUGGUUGAUUCUAUCAAUCUGUCCCCUCCAUGUGCUUGUUAUUCUUUUUAUUCAGUUUCCACUUCUUUGCACUCUUACUUGUGUUUUCAUUGUCUAGAUAUAUAACCACCCAAAACUGGAGUAGGGACUCAAAAUUAUCUCUUUGAUUUCAGCGUUCUGAAAUGACAAAGCAACAACUAGCUAGCUACUAUCUUUGCGGAAUAUGCCUUUUUUCCCCUCCUGUCAAUAUAUAACUUUUGUUGUUGUCAUCUAAACAAGCAAUUCUUUCACUUUCAACUUUCUGUCUUGACACACAAUUUUUGGGUUUCAUGACAGGCUUCAGCCAGCCCUGUUGAGCAAAAGUUCACCAGCUAAAGUGCGAAAAACUUCGCCUUCUUCCGGUACCACAUUAUAUCCUAUAGCCCUUUUUGAAGUGCUACCAAAAUUUACUAGAAGCAGAGGAGGAUCCUUAUUCCUACUUCUAUUAGUAGUUGUACUACAUUGUAUAGAGUUCUCUUUCGCCUGGCGUGAUUAACGUAUUGAAUAAAGGAGUUUGGCAUAACUAGAAAUACUAUGUUUCAAGAUUUGUGGUGAUUAAGGGAAUCAAAAAGAAGGCUGGAUAAGGAAAACAUCACUUUCUUAGUGGAUCGGUAUUGUAGUUUUGCAUCAGUUACACGGCAUCAGGUUGUUUCCCAUGCGUACUGAUUUGAAGUUUGUCAAACUGAUGCUGAUAUUGUUGAAUGCUUCACAUUUAUUGUGCAAAAAAAUCGGCUUUCCUCAUUGAGCUUAUCCUCAUGAAAAAAGUGGCUUAUAGAUGAUUAGUCGCAAAUCGUGUUAGCAAUGGAGAUAAGAUCAUUUUUUUUCUUAACGUCCGUGCAUCAAUCAUGUCUCAUAAGUGAAACGAUCUCCAUUUCCGCGCAUCAAUUGUGUCAUAUUGAUAGGAUGAACGAAGCAUUUCCAAUUUGGAACGAUGCUUUGAGCUGAAACUUUGAUUAUGUGGUAAUAAAGUGUAGAUCAUGUAACAAUGGAGAUGAGAUGUUUUACCUUCUAGUGUGUCAAUCACGCCCCCGUUAGUUAAACUAUUCGAAUUCAUGUAUGUGAAACAAUGUUUUGAGCUUAUGCUGUAACAAUGGAGUUACUGAAAAUCCUUUUUAAGUUACUG